AACAACCUGUUUUCCAUCACCAGCACGACCAUCGCUGUUGUCAGCACACAGCCUGAUAAGACACCAGAGAACCGCCGGAGUGAUCGAUCCAUUGUACACAGCUUCGAAAGACGAAAAUGACGCUCGUGGAGAUGUGCGUGCACAUGGACUGCCCCGGGUGCGAGAAGAAGAUCCGGAAGGCGGUGCAGCGGCUGGAAGGCGUGCACGACGUGGAGGUCGACAUGGCGCAGCAGAAGGUGACGGUGAGCGGGGACGUGGAGCAGAAGAAGGUGCUCAAGGCGGUGCGGCGGACGGGCCGGCGCGCCGUCCUGUGGCCGCUCCCCUACGCCGCGGGCGCGGCCGCCGGCGCCGCGCACGUCCUGGCGCAGCAGCAGCCAGCAGCAGGCGCAGGCGCAGGCGCAGGCCCGGCGCACGCCAGCCACGCGGCGCGGCCCACGUCCUCGUACAACUACUACAAGCAUGGCUACGACGACUCGAGCCUGUACGGCGCCUACUACCACCACGGCGCCAACUCGGCCGUCGCCGGCACCAGGUCCACCGACUACUUCAGUGACGAGAACGCGCAGGGGUGCUCCGUCAUGUGAUUGGCAGGAUCACAUGCAGGCAUGUAAAACUUCAGAGGUAUAAUUGAAGUGGGUGUGUGGAAGGUCUGGAAUUACAAGCCAUAUGCAAUAUAUGUGAUCGACAGACUUUGUUAACUUACAAGACAAGAGGAAAUAUCAACUAUCAAUCAGAUACAACAACAGAAGAUAAAAGCACCAAGCUGUGCCAGUCACGGAUUUACAGCUGAAAGAUCUGUUACAAUUACUUCCUAUUCUAACAGCCCCUCUUUGAUCACCCCAUUUGAUUUAGGUAGAAAUUAUACGCUUCAAGUUCUCUAAUUUUCUCGCCAAUAAUAUCUUGGUAAACUCAUCUGCAACUUAAACUCGUGAAAAAACAAAGUCAAUUUUCAGUAUUUUUCUUAA